AUGAAGUCUUUUAAUGAGUUAAUUUGUAUACUUUAUUUUUGGGGAAGCAACCUAUCACAGCAUGAUCGCCAGUUUUUACGCCAAGUGCAUGAGUCUUGUCAACAUGAUCCGAAAACUUACUGUGAUGAGCAUAAGCUGAGGAACCUGCAACAUAACAUAAAUGAUCGUCAAGUUGGAAUUCACAUGAAAUGCAUGGCUGUGAAGGCUGGCUUGAUGAAACAUCACGGCGAUUUAGAUAUAACCAUAAUAAAAAUAAAAAUUUCAUCGGUAAUACACGAUCAAGGCAAAGUUAAUAAAUAUGUUCAUAAGUGCGCUCAUAAAGCGGAGUAUCCUGAAAAAACGGCUAAUAUGUUAUGGCUCUGUUUUAUCCAGAAUGGUAUCGAUUAUUAUCAUAGGUUGUAA